GCUAUGCUUGCGAGGAAGCAUGGAGCGUGCCUUUCAGCUACUGGAGAUUAUGCCAGUUGCAAACUCUAGCGCCUACAACAUCGUCCUAGUGGCGCUUUGCAAGGCUGCCAGAGUGGACGAUGCCUUGGAGCUGGCGAGAACGAUGUCCGAGAAAAGAAUACCUCUCGCGGCCGGUUCUCUCGACGCUGUUCUUGUCGGGCUCAUGGAUUCCGGAAGGAUAGACGAGGCGCUGCAAGUUUACAGGGAGAACAGGAGUGAGCCUUGUCUCGUCACCUUGAACGUGCUUCUCGAAGGAUUUUGCUCGCGAGGACAAGUCGACAAGGCUCGCGAGCUUCUCAGAGCGAUGCCCGACGAGGAGUGUGCUCCCGACGAAGUGUCCUACUGCACGGUUUUGGACGGGCUUUGCAAGGCCGGUCGCGUCGAGGAGGCAGUCCGGCUGUUUGGUGACAGAGAACUUCCGUCUAGUUCUUCGAGUUCCUCGCCUCCAAGCCUCCGGGGAUACAAUAUCGUCAUCCUGGGACUGUGCCAGAACGAUAGAAUCGACGAGGCGGUCCAGAUGUUCGAGAAGAUGAACGAAAGAAACGUAUCACCGGAUAGCUGGAGCUAUGGUAUCCUCAUCGACGGCCUCGCCAAGGCAGGGAAACUUAACGACGCUCGCGACCUUUUCCAAAAGCUUCUACACUCGGGAGUGACUCCCUCGACGGUGGCCUACACGAGUCUCAUUCACGGGCUUUGCAUGGCCAACAGCUUCGACGAUGCUCGCGAGCUCUUCGCGGACAUGAACCGGAGAGGCUGCCCUCCAAGCCCGGUGACUUACAACGUUAUUAUCGACGCGAGCUGCAAGAGAGGAAUGCUGGAGGAGGCCUGCGACUUGAUCAAGAAGAUGAUAGAAGAUGGUCACGUCCCGGACGUGGUGACUUACAACACGGUCAUGGACGGGCUCUGCAAGUCCGGCCGAGUGGAAGAAGCUCUCCUCCUGUUCAACGAGAUGGAGCGCCUGGGCUGUACUCCAAACCGUCGCUCACACAACACUAUCAUCCUCGGCCUGUGCCAGCAGUCGAAGAUCGAUCAAGCCUGUCAAGUUUUCCACGAGAUGGAAGCGCGAGACAUACCACCGGAUAGCUGGAGCUAUGGAAUCCUCAUCGACGGCCUUGCCAAAGCUGGGAAGCUCAACGAGGCCUACAAGCUCUUCCGGAGGAUGCUCGACUCGGGCAUCACCCCCUCGGCCGUGACAUACAACGUUGUGAUCCACGGGAUGUGCUUGGCCUACACUCUGGACGAGGCACUGGAGCUCUUCAAGAGCAUGAGGAGCAAAGGCUGCCGCCCCAGCCGCUUCACCUUCAACAUCCUGAUCGACGCUCACUGCAAGAGAGGAAAGAUGGACGAGGCUUUCAGGCUGCUCAAGAGGAUGACCGACGAUGGCCACGUCCCGGACGUGGUGACUUACAGCACACUCAUCUCCGGGCUUUGCUCCAUCGCCAGAGUCGAUGAUGCCCGCCACCUUUUGGAAGACAUGGUGAAGAGGCAGUGCAAGCCGACGGUGGUGACGCAAAACACGCUGAUUCACGGGCUGUGCAAGGCGGGCCGGAUCAAAGAAGCUCGAGAGGUGCUAGACGCGAUGGUUUCCAGCGGGCAGUCCCCGGACGUGGUGACUUACAACACGCUCGUCCACGGGCAUUGCCGGGCGGGGCAAACGGAGAGAGCCCGGGAGCUCCUCUCGGACAUGGUCGCCCGGGGGCUUGCUCCAAACGUGGUGACUUACACUGCGCUCGUCUCGGGGCUUUGCAAGGCCAACCGGCUUCCGGAAGCUUGCGGGGUGUUCGCGCAGAUGAAGAGCUCCGGCUGCGCUCCAAACUUGUUCACGUACACUGCGCUGAUACUCGGGUUUUGCUCCGCGGGUCAGGUCGAUGGAGGGCUCAAGCUCUUCGGGGAGAUGGUCUGCGCAGGGAUCUCUCCCGACCACGUCGUGUAUGGGACACUGGCAGCGGAGCUUUGCAAGAGCGGCAGGAGUGCUCGGGCACUGGAGAUACUCCGCGAGGGGCGAGAGAGCUUGCGGAGCGAGGCGUGGGGUGACGAAGUGUAUCGCUUUGCCGUGGAUGGUUUGCUCGACGCAGGGAAGAUGGAGAUGGCGCUGGGGUUUGUGAGGGAUAUGGUACGAGGUGGGCAGCUCCCGGCUCCGGAGAGGUGUGCUAGUUUGGUGGCGGGGCUUUGUAAAUCGGGGCAGGGAGGAGAGGCCCGAGCGGUGCUGGAGGAGAUUAUGGACUUGGCGUAUGGUGGAAAGGCACGAGGCAAAGCGGCCAAGUUUGUGGAAGAGAUGGUUGGCAAAGGAUAUGAGAUUGAAGAUGGAGUUUUGAAGCCUCUACUCUCUACAUUGAAGUAAAUUAUUUCUAGGUUUAAAGUUUAACAUGAUACCAGAAUUCAUUUUUAUUGAAUAUCCUGAAGUUAUAUAUUA